GCUCGGGCGGAAGACCUGUUGCUGGAGUUGGGCUGAAACUUUCGCUCGGCUCCUCGGUGUGAAGGAAUGCGAGACGCCCAGAGUCGCGCAGAGAGCACCGCCGAGCCGCAGCGGACCGCAGAAAAUUAAAGAUGGCUGCACAAGUACUUGAGCAAUCCAGUGGGACCAGCAUGUUUUCUCACUUCAAUAUCGGGACUUCUUCCAGUGAGGAAAUAUGUGACUUUUCUUACCUCUCCAAGAAUGAUUUGACAGCAGCACCUCAGCUGGUUAUGUUAGCAAAUGUUGCCUUAACUGGUGACAUAAGCUGUUAUGAUCGCCAAGGAGAGGAGGUACUGAUGGCAGAAUUGAAAACAGUCGACGAUAAUUUAUCAGACAACGAGGAAGAAUUGAGACCUGAUGUAAAUGACACAGUGCAAUCAAAAAAUGUAAAUGCAGAACAUCAAAGUGUACCGAAUGUUGUGACAACGGAUAGUUCAGAAACUUUGUCUCAAGACCUGAGUGCGGAUACAGCAGAAGUAGUGAAUCAGGGAAGCUUGGCAGACAAAGGAAAAAAGUCAAAACCAUUUCGUUGUCGACCAUGCGAUUAUGAAGCAGAAUCUGAGAAGGACUUUGUGCAUCAUAUCAAAGUACAUAGUGCCAAAAAGUUCAUUGUUGAAGAAAAUGCAGAAAAACAAAGCAAAUCCAAAGUUCCAGAUCCUCUUCCAGACGAGGCAGAUAUUUCGAAAGGUCCCAUUCGCUGUGACAGAUGUGGCUAUAACACAAACCGAUAUGAUCAUUACUUGGCACAUCUAAAACAUCAUGACAAAGUUGGAGAAAACGAGAAAGUUUAUAAAUGCACCAUCUGCACAUACACUACUGUCAGUGAAUAUCAUUGGAAGAAGCAUUUGCGGAACCAUUUUCCACGAAAGGUUUAUACCUGUUCACAGUGUUCAUAUUUCUCCGACAGAAAGAACAAUUAUGUACAGCAUAUGCGAACACACACAGGUGAACGGCCUUACAAGUGUCCACAGUGUCCUUACUCAAGUUCUCAGAAAACCCACCUGACCAGGCACAUGCGUACACAUUCAGGUGAGAAGCCAUUUAAAUGUGAUCAGUGCAACUAUGUAGCAUCAAAUCAGCACGAGGUGACAAGACAUGCGAGACAAGUUCAUAAUGGUCCCAAACCAUUAACAUGUCCUCAUUGUGAGUACAGAACAGCUGAUCGCAGCAACUUCAAAAAGCACGUUGAACUCCAUGUGAAUCCACGCCAGUUUCUGUGCCCGGUCUGUAAGUAUGCAGCUUCCAAGAAAUGCAACUUGCAAUAUCACAUAAAGUCCAAGCAUCUAAAUUGCAGUGAUAUUACCAUGGAUGUGUCAAAGGUGAAGUUGCGUAAGAAACGACUUGAAUUGGAUGUUUUUCCUGCUAAAACUGGCGAGAAAACGUCAGACAAGUUGCAACUGAAAAGAGCUGAGAAUCUGGAUAAGAAGGGCACUACCAAGGUGGAGAAAACUACAGCUGUAUCAAAGGAACAUAGUUUGGGCGCCAUCAAAUCAAAAAUGAAGACCCGAGAUCAUAAAGUUUUCAGACAGAAGCAUCUAUCAAAAAGGGAUACUGAUACAGAAAAAGCAAGGAAAACCAAGAGCAACAAACGGAAGAGAUGCUUAACAGUAGAGGGAUCUUUGCAACAGGAGUCUGCAGAUGAAACCCCUGUAGAAGCAAAAAUAAAGAAAACAGGGAAAACUAAAGAGCUCAUUGAACGUGAAACACAGAGAAGCAAAAUCAAAUUGGACAAUACGUCGCAUAGGAAAAGUUUUAAAUGUAAACGAAUUAAGAAGAAAAACAAAAAUCAUAGAAAAGUUGGUGCACAUACUACUGGUGACAGUGCAGUUAAAUGUAAGAAAUCUGAUCAGUCGGAACAGCAACCAAUUGUGCCUAAAAAGAAAAAAGAUUGUUCCAAAAAUUCUGCAUGUAGUAACCAUAGUAACGUUGAAGAUACACACACGAGCGAAUCCCAGAAAUCAGAACCAUCCUGCGAUAAAGCAAUAAAUAAAACUCUACUUGGUAUUGUCAUUGAACAAAAUGAGAAUUCUGUGAAUGUGCACUCUGCAGAAAAUACCAGCAAAAUUGUUCAAAAGAUUAUAAAAGACCCUAAAUCCCCUUCUGCCCCAGAAUCGGAGGAAUCAGAGGAAACAUUAACUGUCAAGGAAACAUCUAUUGCCUCAGUAUGUUCCACGGAAGUUUUUGCUGAUAGUUCUGGACAAGGAGAAGGUGCUGAUCAAGAAGGUUCCAUUCAGGUGAUCAGUAUUGAGCUUGCUUUUGAACUUACCAACUCAAACAAUUCAACUAAAGACCAAGAUGGCAUUACAUACCAGGAGAAGGGCCAGGAUGACAUUGGUAAUCAGAUGGAAGUUGAUGAUGACAUAAAUAAGCAGAUGGACAUCCAGGAUGAUCAGAGCAAGCUGCAAAAUAAUGUCAACAAGGUUCCAGGUGCAUUGGGUAACCAGAAUAAACAGCAGGAUUGUACAAAGGAGAUACAAAAUGGCCAGCCGAACCAGGACCAGCUCCAGGAUGAUGGUGACAAGGUUGAGAAAAACAAGCAAGAACAGAACAAAAAACAGAACAAGGAUGAAAUUAUGGAAAUAGAUGAAGACGAAGGCAUUCAUAGCCAUGAAGGAAGUGAAAUCAGUGAAGAUUCAGAAGGGAGUGAUGACUCUGGUCUGAAUGGUGCAAAGCCUACUCCAGACGACAAAAUGAACAAGAGGACACCAGGACAUUCAGAAAGUAUGAAUGAUGUUCCUGGGAGCUUUGUUUGCAUAUUCUGUGAUCGUAUAUUCGGAAUGAAAGGAGAAUUUACCAAGCAUCUUAAUCGACACCUGGUAAAUGUAUACUAUCUGGAGGAAGCAGCAAAAAGCCAGGAAUAAAUGCAGUCCCAAGAUGUGGCAAGUUUGCCCUAGAAUAUUAAUCAUAGCUGUUACAAAAUAUUCAAAUCACUCUAAAGUGACUUUGGAUUUUUUUUUUAACAUUUCCUUUACUGAACUUUUUGUUGCUAACUGCAUGUAUUUUCUGCUUUUUCAAAUUUCUUGCUCAUAAUUCAGAGAUAGUACAAAAGCAUUUAUCUAUAAUAGCAAAAUGUUUUAAUUGUGCUUUGUACCAGUUUAAUCAACCACUGAUUUUGAUUUUUCAUUGCACUAUUAGUACUGAAAUAGUUUCAUUUAAUCUGAUUCAUACGUUCUGUUUUGUCCCUUUGUAAAUACGUGGUAACACUGGACAUCAACAUUUUGUUCUGUUUUUACAUGAUUUUGGGUUAAAGCUGAUCUACAAUAAUGACUAUGGUUGGUCAUAAUUUGAAAACUCAAGAUAGUGGUCAAAGAAAUUAGACUGUCAAUUAUUUGAUUUGGAUAUCUCAUCGUAAGUUAAAAUAAUGCCUUUCACCAGGCAGUCUUGCAUUUCAAGGCCAUUUGUGUGCAAUUUGGAUUUAAAUCUUGAUGCGCAAUGUGUGGAAUUAGUCCAUUUCAUAAUUUUGCAUUUUAGGCACUCUUUCAUUAAAAUUAGCUAUUACCUUUAUAAAUCAUAACUUGCAUCUUAAAUUGACAGCACAGUAUUUUCUGAUAAUAAGUUAAACUUUUCUGCAUUUUAUUCAAAUCACAGGAGAGAGCACUUUGCAAGAUGAUACCAGAUCUCAAGUAACUAAUGUCAUGAUACUUAGGAUUUUGUAGCAAACAGUUCUUGGUAGCCUCACAAAAAAAAGAUCCAAUAUGGUGCUUAUAAAAUUGCACAAAAUAAGUAAUCAACUAUGCAAUAUAAUUAAUUAGUAAUGGUUUUAUAUAUAGAAAUGUUUUUUUUUCUGUAUCAUGUAUUUAUAUUUGUGUGUUUAAACAACCGUUUGGGACUUGACUAUUAACCAACCCACUGCAGCAAACUGAUUGGGAGUAAUGCUGGGUAAAUGCUAAAUUAUUUUCCAUUUGUAUUGGAUAUUAUUACUCCAGCUUUUAAAAGGUAAAUGUCAAGCAUCCCAAAUAAAUGGAGGUAUAAAAAUCCCGGCCCGGUAUCCUUUUCAGUUGGAACUGUUACUGGGAUACAGUCUUGCCAGUAUUCAUUGUCUAGCAUGCAUAAUACUUGGCAAUCUGGAGUUCCUGUGGGCAUGUGUAAAUGACAUAUAAAUGGAUCUGAUUUGAUCCCAAUUUGUUUCUGACUAGUGCACCCUGUAUAUUGAUGAGAACUUAUUGCAGUCUUGAUUCUGCAUUCAGAUGCUGCACCCCUGAACACAGAGCAUUGUUAGUUAAUGGAAUGAAACACUGAAAGAUUUAAUCACCUCAGAUUGACUUAGAUAGUGAGUUGGUAUGGCCAAAGAAUAUAAAUAACUGUGAUUUUCAUUUGUGUUUUUCUCCUGAAUUAAUAUGUUAUGUUCAGUAUGUUGUUUGGAGUAGCCACUUUGAUUGAUGAAUAUGGGAAAUAAUUUAAGUACUGAAUAGCAUUUUCUUUGCUUUGACAAUCAUGUUGAAAAAGUCAUGUAUAUCUGUGAUUAAAUUAAAACAUGUUUAUAUAGAUUUUUAACUGCAAUUUGCUUAUUUUAUGGUUUGCAUUAUUCAUACAUAGGUUUUGCAGUCAUCCAAUUAAAUUGUAGUAAACAGUUAAAGGAGUUAAAAAAUCUGUAAUAAUACAGCUUGAAUAAUGAAUACUGUAAGAGGUCUGGAGAUUCGGCUCAUGCAAAUGUGAAAAAUGCUUGGACUUUUUAGAUCUAGAAUAUUUUAAUGCAUGGUUUAAUGUAAUCCUCGGUACUAAAAUGCUUAAUGACUAUAUCUGUUUUCCUGCAUUUCCUGUAAUAAGUAGUACCCAUUCAAUUAUGAUAAAAUACAUUGUUUUAAUUUAAUUUAAAAAUUCAGACUUUGCUGAGUGAUAGAAAACUUGUGUCCUGCUUGUUAAGAUCUGACCAAUCUCCAGAAAGGCCCUAGAUUAGUUAAUUUGUUCUGAUUUACUUUAUAUCUACUUUCAACUUUUUUCUCUGCAAACUAGUAUCACAUAGCAGAAGGAAUAAAGAUACUUAAACUUAGCUGUUUCUAUCUGGUUUGACAUGCACUGAUAGUGUUUCUUAGUGAGACCAGCAACUACUGCAGCUACCAGAAAGGUGGAAAAUGCUUGGACCUCUUGGAUCUAGAAUAUUUUAAUGCAUGGUUUAAUGUGUGCAUUGGGUUGUCUGGGUGCAGCAAACAUUGGAAAAUCAAGUUGGGGUGAGGCACAAGUGAAGUAAUCCUUCUCUUUUUUCUGAUAUCUGUUGCAUCCAAAAGUAGAUUCCAAUUAAUCACUGAAUGUAAAUUUUACUUGUCAACUGAAUACAAGACGGAGGUGCCAGUGAAAGUCUUGUAACUGUGGAUAGAUCUUCCUCAGCAAUAACAUCUCAUCAAUAACAGACAUUAGUAUACCAUAACUAAUUUUAGUUUUCUGAUUGAAACAUCAGUCUCCUAAUUUAUUAAUCAUAUUGCACCUUAAUGUUUCUUCAUAGAUUCAUUUUAAGUUUUAAUUUGCAGAGUUACUUAACAAGCAUAGGAUUCAAGCAAUUUUGCAAUGUCAUUUGAAUUGAAGAACUUUUUUUUAAAAGCUGCAUGUGUAAAAUUGACUGCAUUUUUGAAUGUGAAGUUAAAAUGUUAAUUCUUAAAAUUCCAAUUCUUAAUAUAUUAAAUAACACAAUUUGCAAACAAAUUAUUCUGUUCCAUCUACAGUAGAAGCUCCUGCGGGUUUAGCAGCUUGCUUGUCAUUGUUUGAACCAUUAGAAACAUCAAAUUUUACAGCACAAACGGUGUUGCAUUCCAUCAUAUCACUGUUGGCUCUUGAAAACUGUUUAAUUUAUCACCAUCCCACGUAACCUCUCUCCUAAGUCUGCAAAUGUUUCCUUUCAAGUAAAGAUUUCAUUCACUUUUGAAAAUUGUCAUUGAAUUUGUUUCCAGUACACUUUCAGGCAGUGCGUUGCCAAUCACAACUUGCUGAACUAAAAAAA